AUGCGGCGGCAGGCGGGCGAGCCCGUGGCAGCGUGCUGGGGCAGCGGGGCGGUGGGCUUUGCCAGCAGCAUGCUGCUACUGAGCCGCUCCGCUCUCCACCUCCCGGCCUUGUGGUGGUACCUCUUCCUCUCCACCGAUGCCCAGGAGGUGGCCACCUUCACGGUGCAGUACCGGGUGUUUGAAGAAGUGCCGCUGGGAACGGUGAUAGGGACGCUGGCCGAGCACUUCGAGGGGGGGGAGAGCGGCGACACGGCGGAUACCUUCCAGCUGAUGGGGACCCCCGGGAGGUUCCCGCUGCGUGUGGGGAGCGGGGGGGGGGUGCUGAGCACGGCCGGGCGGGUGGACAGGGAGCAGCUGUGCCGGCACAGUGAUCCCUGCUGGGUCUCAUUCGACGUGCUGGCCCCCCGAAACCUGGCUCUGAUUCACGUGGAGGUUCAAGUGCUGGACGUCAACGACAAUGCCCCACGGUUCCCCACACCUGAGCUGGAGCUGGAGAUGUCAGAGAGCACAUCCCUGCGCACACAGAUCCCACUGGACCGAGCCCUGGAUGCUGAUGCCGGCCCCAACGCCCGCUGCUCCUAUGCCCUCUCUCGCAGCGAGCACUUUGCUCUGGAGGUCGUCUCCAGCUCCGAUGGGACGAGGCACGCGGAGCUUGUCGUGGUUAAAGAGGUGGACCGUGAGCUGCACUCUUCCUUUGACCUUGUGCUGACGGCCACUGAUCACGGGGAGCCACCAAAAUCAGGUACUGCUUUGAUUAAAGUCAUCGUCCUUGACUCUAAUGAUAACAGCCCCGUCUUCGCGGAGAGCUCUUUGAUGAUAGAGGUUCGGGAGGAUGCUCUGCCCGGGACCCUCCUCGUGACUGUCACGGCCACUGACCCCGACCAGGGCCCUAAUGGGGAGAUCGAGUACAGCCUGAGCAAGCACGCGCCCCCCGAGGUGCUGAGCACUUUCGGCAUCGAUGCCCGCACGGGCAGCGUCAUCCUGAAGCACCCGCUGGACUACGAGGAAACCCACACCUACGAGCUGGACGUGCAAGCCCGGGACCUGGGCGCCAACCCCAUCCCAGCGCACUGCAAGAUCCUGGUCAAAGUCCUGGAUGUCAACGACAAUGCUCCUGAUGUCCAUGUCACCUGGGCUGCGCGGGCGCCUGUGCUCUCCGAAGCCCUCCCCAAAGACAGCUUCGUGGCUCUGGUGACGGCCAGUGACCCCGAUUCGGGAAGCAAUGGGCAAGUGCAUUGCUCCCUCAGUCAAGGGUACGAGCACUUCAGGCUGAAGAGGACCAACAGCCACAGCUACGUGCUGAUGACCAACGCCACGCUGGACAGGGAGCUGCGUGCCGAGUACAACCUGACGCUGGUGGUGCGGGACCAGGGUGACCUCUCCUUGGCCGUGCUGAAGCACCUCACUAUCUGCAUCAGCGAUGUCAACGACAACGCCCCCUCCUUUGAGAAGGCCACCUACGAGGUUGCUGUUGCUGAGAACAGCGAAGCACCUGCCUUCUUGCUCACCGUCCGUGCCACUGACCCUGACCUGGGUUUCAAUGGGAAAAUCACCUACAGCAUCUCGGACUCCUCUGCUUCGGGGCUGGUCUCAAUCGACCCCACCACUGGGGAUGUUUUUGCCCUCCAAGCUUUUGAUUAUGAGCAGGUGAGGAGCCUGGAGUUCUUGGUGACGGCGGAGGAUGGUGGUCACCCCAAGCUGGCAUCCAACGUCUCCAUCAGGCUGGCUGUGCUCGACCGGAAUGACAACGCACCCGUCGUCACCAUGCCGCCGCUGGUGGGAGGCACAGCCGUGCUUUCUGUCCUGGUCAAUGCGGAGAUGGGGUGCUUCUGGGUGGUCCCUGGGAACAGGAGCAACCCAGGGACCGCAGCAGUGACCAAUGCAACGCUCAUGCCGUGUGCCGACGCUCCUUUCCUCUUCACCAUCGCAGCCAGGGAUGUGGACUCCGGCAUCAACGGGGCUCUCCGGUAUGAUCUGGUAGGGGGGGAUGACGCUGGGCUUUUCAUCCUGGACCCUCUCUUGGGGCAGGUCUUCCUCAACACCAGCAACGCCAGCAGCCUUGCCGGCAGCGAGCGGGAGCUGGUGGUCCGGGUGAGCGAUAGAGGGGACGUCCCCCUGCACACCCUGGCCCGGGUCCGCUUAGUUUUCCGGCAUCAUGGGGCGUUCUCCAAAAUCUCAGCCCAGGACCCCGGGUGGCUGAGCCCGUCCGUGGUGGCUGUUAUCUGCCUGGCUGCUCUCCUGGGUGGGUGCCUUCUCCUUUUGGCUUUAACCCUUUCCUUGCGUAAGAAGGAGAAGAAGGACGGCAUGGCCUACAACUGCAGGGAGGCAGAGGAUGCCCGCCGGCAGCAGCAGCUCAAGAAGCCACACAGGCAGAUCCAGAAGACGGAUAUCCACCUCGUCCCGCUGCUCCGGGGCCGGCCCCGGGAGGCUGAGCACCCCCGUCCCUGCCAGGAGGAUCUGCCAGGCACAGCCGCCCCUGCGCCGGGGAGCUCCCCGCAGGCUCCCCUCCACCUCACCCCCACUCUCUACAGGACCCUGAGAAAUCAGAGGACCCAAAAGGACUCGGAUGAGCAGCAGGAGACCUUCAACCUGCCCAUCCUGCAGCGCCGGCCCUGCCAGCCCCACAGACUGAAAAAUUCGGCGAAAGAGGCUGCGAGCCCCCUGGAUGCGCCAUCGCACUGCAAGAGCUUGGUGAAGCCACCAGAGGGGCCCGUGGGAGAGCCCCCACUGCCACCCACCCAGCCUGUGGGUACCGGGGGACCUGGGCAGCCCCACCAGCACAUCCUCAGGAGCCUGGUCCGGCUGUCACUGGUGGCACUGGCGGAGCAGAGCCCCACGGGGGAGUUUGCGAUGGAGUCGCCCCCGGUGCAGCAAAUCUCCCAGCUGCUCUCCCUGCUGCACCAGGGCCAGUUCCAGCCCAAAACAAACCACAGGGGAAACAAGUACACGGCCAAGAACGGCAGCAGGGCUGCGGGGCUGGAUGCUGACUGCCUGAGCACGAAGGACAGCGGGCACGGCGAGAGCGAGGCAGAGGACCGCGAUUCCGAGAGCGGGUUUGAGCUCUCCGUGCAGCAGCUGGUGGGAGAGGAGCUGGAGACCCUCCUGGAGCCGCAGGCAGAGCUGGCCCUCAAGAGGCUGACGGCUGCUGACCCAGCAUGGGUGGCUCGGCUCUCCCUGCCGCUCACCAGUAGUUACAAGGACAACGUCUUCUCCCCUGACUCUCCGCAUUCACCCCAGGACGAGGAAGCUGCAAGGCAGGAGAAACCAAGGACCUUUGAGACCUUCGGCAAAGGUGCUGGGGCUGACUCAAAUGCUGCUGGGACAAGACUGGCCAGCACUUUCCUUUCAGAAAUGAGCACUCUCUUUGAAAUGAUUUUGUCCCAGAAGGUUCAAGUCCACAAUGAAACGGGCUCGGGGCUUCUGCGGCAGCUGUCGGCACGUGGGAAGAGCCUUGGGCUGGAAGACAGUGCUCCUGUUCUGUAGGCAGCGU